AUUCAUUAUGACAAUUACAAGUGAUGAAGAUAUUCUUGCCUACAUUAAGCGAACCAAACCGGACUGGAUCAAGAUAGAUACAAUUGAGAGGCUCAGUGGUGGUACCGCGAACUAUGUUUGGCGAGCGCGACUCAAGGAAAAAUGUCCAGAGUUGGGCGGCUGCAAUAGUGUUGUUAUCAAGCACGCUGAGUCCUUUUUGGCAACGGCUCCAGAGUUUGCUCUCUUUGCUGAAAGGAUGAAUUACGAAAUUCUUGCCAUGCGCAUUGCAGCUGAUGCGACCAUCUCUCUACCAAAUUGCACUGUACCCACAAUAUACUCAUAUGACGAAGCCGAUAAAGUCGCGUUCAUGGAGGAUAUCGGUCACUCAGCUAAUAUGAAAGCAUAUAUAUCCGCGUUGGAUGAGCCUCCAUCAUCUGGCUUUGCACGUGAAGUUGGAACAGCCUUGGGGCGAUUCAUUGGAAGAUUGCAUUCUGCUGGACAUGUCCAACGACAUGAGCUCAUAGACAAACUGGAUAAUCCAAAGGGCGUUGCCAUUUCAAGAUAUGUGGUUUACGAUCGAGUGGAAAGCGUACUAAAGAAGUUUGGCAAGACAGAUCAAGCCUUGCAAGACGCUGCAAAUUGGGGAGGUGAACAACUAUCUAAUAAUCCCCAAACACUGUGCAUGGGUGAUUUCUGGCCAGGCAAUAUUUUGCUACCCAAUGACUUAACACAAGACCUGAAAAUACAGGUAGUUGACUGGGAAAUAUGCCGGUAUGCACCUUCAGGCAUGGACUUGGGGCAAUUUUUGGCUGAAACUUACUGCCUAGACAAAUAUCGCCAGCCUUGCAAAGAUAUCAUAACAGCCUUUCUGUCUGCUUACUGUAAGGAGUAUCAUCCUACACUGUAUGACGCCAGGAUAGCUAUCAUCCACUUUGGCUUCCAUCUAGUAGUUUGGACACCAGUAAAUGACUGGGUUGACGACGGGACAGAAAUUGUUGACAUUGGUUCUCAGUAUGUACUUCACGCGUGGCAAGAAGAUUGGGCAUGGUUUAAGGACACAAUCUUUGGUGAUUAUUUAGAUACGAUAAAAUCAUCUAGCGAGAAUAAUCAUAGAUAAUAAAUCAUGCAUAAUUGCAAUUUUCUUCGUUUGCAACCGCCAUAAGCC